CGAUGCCGACCUCAAGCCAAGCCAAAAAGGAAGAUGGCGCGGAUGUGGUUCAUGAUUCGUACGGAGGGCUCUAGCGUCUGCUCAACCACAUGAAGACAUGUUAACCCCCGAUAUUAACCCAUAAUUUCUGUAUGAAUAGAAGUGCUGGAGCGUAGUCCGCAAUGCGGUUCAACGAAAAAGAGAUGGCCACUGUCGCCGCGGGCGUUGCUGACAAAGAAGGCAGACUUAACCAUCGAAGUCUCAGCUUCAGAGAAGUGUUCAAGGAACGAUGGUUCAAACUCAAGGGGAAUUUGUUGUUCUAUUUUCGCCUCAACGAGUACGGCGGUGUGUAUGAAUCAGAGCCCGUAGGAGUCUUCAUCAUUGAGUACUGCAAGAUACAAAACGAGCCGGCUGUUGAAAAAUCGUUUGCCUUCUCGAUGUCGUUCCUUGAUGACGUGGACCGCAAGCAUUUAUUCACCUGCACGACCCAGAAACACUGCGAUGAAUGGGUCAGUUGUCUUCAGCAAGCAAGCUACGAAUAUCAAAGAGGAAGGCUGUUGUACAUGCAACAAAAGAUUUUGGAGCUGACAGGAAGGGACCCUCUUGCAGAUUUCAUUAGUAGACGUAACGGAAAUGCUCCUGGCAGCGUUAAAGCCCUGCAGAAAAUUCAGACAGUGAGGAUGGUAAGAAACGGAAGACCGUGUGGCAUUGACGCCUUCUCAUCGUGAUUCUUCUGUGUCUCACAAGCGCAUCUCAAAUGCAUCUCACAUCUUACAAGCGAACAUUCCACAAAAUCAAUGCGCAGUCUUAUAUUGUGCCUGCAAUAGAUAUGCAAUGCUUGUCAUGCUACGCUCACUACUGUGCGACUCACAAGAUACAGUCUGUGCUUACGGAAGCACUGUGCCAAUACGUUCAAAGGCGGUGGGUGGUGUGAAGAAGUCGAACUCGUGCCUUGGUUCAACUAGGUAACUGUGCCGGAUAUUGGAAAAAGGGAAAUCGGGUCUGUGUUCAAACUGUGGCAGUCGUGCUUUACAAUGUGCCAGAACAGAUUUAUUUUUAUGGUGCAGGCCAGUAUACAUGCAAGUGCACUUGUGUUAUACACGCUAGAGUUAAAAAAUUUUCUUGUGAACUGUUCCUUGAAACUAAGUAUCUCAGGAUCAACGUGUAAACCUGUGCUGCUGCUAUCAUAUUCUACAAAAAUCCUGAUCAUCAAAAGUGGUGCUAGUUGGUGCAUUCAGUGUGCUAUAUAUUGUAUACAUACACUGUCUAAUCGCAAUGUUUGUAAGAUCAAAACAUAUACUCAGUACGAAAUAUUACCACCUAAUAUUUCUAACCAUUUGUGUUCUGUUGUCAAACUGUAUGGUGAAGAACUAGAACAAUCACUGCUCCAUAGCGUAGUACUUCAAAACCACCGUCAUGAUUAUCAUCAGGACAGGGGUUGUGACAGUUUGUGCCAUUUCUGAAAUUUCAAUCCAAAUUCCUUAGCAUUAGGACAAUCGUCAUGCAGAAAAUUGUACAUACACACAGCUACUGCGACAGCAACAAUGCAAAGUGCAUCUUGAACAGUUGCAGCUUGUCCUUUUUGAUGUAAUUGAUCUAGGCUGUGCUCAGGAAGGUCUAUUAUCUUUUCAGAUUACUGUGCAUGCAGUAAAACGUGUGCCUCAUAAUUAGA